CAGGUGGACGAAGUUGUUCUCGGGCACGACAUUGAUCGUUCCACGGAACUGAGCUCUCUGCUGCUGGAUGGUGCUGCGGGCAUCAAAAGCAUGGGCACCUCCCCCCGAGUCGAAGCCCGGCGCCACAUCCCUGGCGGCGGCGACUCGCAGGUCGACGAGCUGAUUUGGGGAAGUGACGUGGAUUGCUCGUCAGAUCCACGGAUUCUCCGUGCCAAAGCACAGCUCUUUGAAGGUGCUGCUGGCGGUACUCUACACUCCAAGCAGCUAGGUCGCCGUAGUGUCCCUGGCGGCGGCGACUCGCAGGUCGACGAGCUGAUUUGGGGAAGUGACGUGGAUUGCUCGUCAGAUCCACGGGUUCUCCGUGCCAAAGCACAGCUCUUUGAAGGUGCUGCUGGGACUUUGCCUGUCCGGACAGAAGGUCGCCGCCAGGUGGAGUUCAAUCGUCACAGUGGCGAGGACGAAUCGAGUCGUGGACGGAGACAUCACCCUUCGCCACGGGAUCGGGUUGGACCCCUGCUGGCAGGUACAGCCCCGCCAGAACCCCAUUCCCAUCGGAGCGCCUACUAUGUCGGUAUGGCCUCGCAAGUGGACGAAGUCGUACUCUCGCAUGAUAUCGAUGGUUCCCACCAGCAAUACUGGGACUAUGCGGAGCUCACCAAUGGUGCCGCGGGGCGCCGCUACGUGGGAGCAGAAGACCGCGCGGAAGGGAAGCGACACAUCGAAGUGGCCGAUUCGCUGGUGAAGGAAGUCUUCAGUCCCACAUCUGAGUAUCAGGCGCAACGUCCAGCGCGCAGGCGUGUUCCCGUUGGUACUGCUUCGCGGGUGGAUGACGUCGUGUUGCAUCGCGACAUAGAUGGUUCCACGCAGAUGUUUUUGGACUACGCCGAGCUGACUGCUGGUGCUGCUGGUCGUCGCUGUGUGGGCGCCCAGGACGGACGACAGGCUCGGAGGCAGAUUCCCGCUGGAAAUGCCUCACAGGUGGAUGAAGUGCUGCUACACCGAGAGAUGGAUAGUGCAAAGCAGCAAAAAUUCUUGGAAUUUCAAGAGGUAACCGCUGGUGCCGCCGGUCAACGUUAUGUCGGAAGGCAAAACCGGACCGAAGGGAAGCGGCACAUCGAAUCAGCAGCGUCAAUGAUGAAAGACAUUUUAAGUGAGAGAGCUUGAUCCUGGCCAAUCGCCACGUAUCAGGGAUGCAGCUGUUGCUAACUACUGGCCAUGGCUGUGGCUGCGGAAGCGCACUGAAAUCCAGGUGUGCUGACGUGGCUUUAAAAAAAAGGCCCAAAAAACGCUCGGCUUCGGGCCUCAUGCGAUCCUGUG